CUGGCACUUCCUCCUCCCCCUUGGAGACUUUGUGCUCUUGAAAGCAGAGCAACAAACUCUCCCAGGCAGGGAAGAACAUGUCAGCUUCUGGCAAGAGUUGGCUGCUUGGAGUUGUGCUCUGUGGCCUGUCCAUCGCUGGAACUGCAGCAGGGGGCCAAAGAAAUGACCGUCCCGAAGUGGUUACCAAGUAUGGGCCCUUGCAGGGCAAGCUGGCCAGUGUGAAGGGCAUCAACCAGCCUGUGAAUGUCUUCCUUGGGGUCCCUUUUGCCAAACCGCCAGUCGGAGCCCUGAGAUUCUCCCCACCGCAACCAGCAGAACCGUGGAGCCAUGUGAGGGAGUCAACGUCUAACCCUCCCAUGUGCCUGCAAGACUUGGGAUGGCUUCCUGAGUUCGGCAAGAUGCUGAAUACGACAUUUCCCGACAUGCCAGUGGCCGAAGAUUGUCUUUACCUGAAUGUUUAUACCCCAGACACCAAGGCCAAAUUGCCUGUCAUGGUCUGGAUCCAUGGAGGGGCUCUGAUAUUAGGUGGAGCUUCUAUAUAUGAUGGAUCAGCCUUGGCUGCUUAUGAAAAGGUGGUAGUCAUUGUGAUUCAGUACAGGCUGGGUCUCCCAGGAUUCUUCAGCACCGGUACCAGUGAUGCCCGUGGAAACUGGGGAUUGCUGGAUCAAGUAGCCUCUCUGCAGUGGGUUCAGGAGAACAUUGCACAUUUUGGAGGAGAUCCCAAUUCUGUGACCAUAUUUGGAGAGUCUGCAGGAGGAUUUAGUGUUGGUGUUCAGCUCCUGUCCCCCUUGUCCAAGGGCUUGUUCCACAGGGCCAUCUCUGAGAGCGGAGUCACUCAGAUUCCAGGCCUCAUCGUUAGCCACCCAGAAGUCCUUGCUCAACUCUCACAUAAAAUUGCAAACGCCUCUGGCUGUGAGGCCAGCAGUUCCGCGCUGGUGCAUUGCUUGAGGAGCAAAACUGAAGAAGAACUCGGAACCCUGAAUACCAACUUGACCCUGGGAUUUGGGAUUAUCCCCACAGUAGUUGAUGGAGAGUUCAUUCGAAAGACACCCGAAGAACUACUGGCCUCAAAGGAACUCAACGCUGUCCCAUAUCUAUUAGGUGUGAAUAAUCACGAAUACGGAUGGGUUGUCCCUGCUGCACUGAACAUCUCCGGCAUAACCGAAGGCAUUGAUAAGGAGACCAUUAUUGCCGUGUUUCAUCAGAUAACCGCCUCCAUGAAGUUACCACCUGAGUAUCUGCAGAUGGCACUGGAUGAAUACUUGGGAAACACCAAGGACCGUGUCAAGUUACGAGAUCGCUUUCUGGACAUGAUGGGAGAUAUGGUCUUUGUUGCUCCUGCUGUUCAGAUAGCUAGAUAUCAUAGAGAUUCUGGAGCUCCCGUCUACUUUUAUGAAUUCCAGUGCCGGCGCAGUGCAGCAAAACACACAAAGCCAGAUUUUGUAAAGGCAGAUCAUGGUGAUGAAAUUGUCUUUGUGUUUGGGAUACCAUUCUUAGGCAGUGAGUCAGCCGGUUUGAUGGCGACAGAGGCCGAGAAAGAGCUCAGCAGAAAAAUGAUGAAAUACUGGAGCAACUUUGCCCGGAAUGGGAAUCCAAAUGGCAAAGGUUUGGUGGAAUGGCCUCGGUAUGAUCUGAAUGAAGAAUAUCUGGAAUUAAACCUGGAGCAAAGGAAAGCAGGGAAGCUGAAGAAGAACAAGGUGGACUUCUGGUUAAAGACACUGCCUGAAAAAAUGAAGAAAAUGGCUGAAGGAAAGGAAAAACACGGGGAGCUGUAACCAGUGGCCAAAUUGCCCCAGCUUGUUUUUGUUUGUUUUGAGAACAAACACUUUCCAACAAGAAUUAUUUCAGUCUGAAAAA